AAAUUUCUACUAAUCAUUUAUUUCUUUCAGCCUUUCUAAUUAUGAGCUCAGAAAUGCCAGAAAAUAUUGACCCUGAUACUAUUGAUCUAGAAAGAUUGGCACUGGAAUUAGAAAAGUUUGAUAAGAUACUGAAGGAAGGAGAAGAAAGUGAUGGAGGUGAGAGUAUGGAACAGACAGGUUCUCGACAGGCUGCACAUACUUACCUUGACAAAUACCUCCAAAGUAUUGCCAGGACUGGUGACCCUCUACUGCCAUGGAAAAAAGUAAAAAAUUUCAUCCACCACAAGAUUGACUCGAUACUAACAAGCUUCUAUGUGAAGUUCGGCAUAGAAGACAUUGACAGCCAAAACUUACCUCCAUUCAAUUACUUGCCUGCUAAAGAGAAGUUACUCCAGCAUUUUGAUUCCUUCACAGGAGCACCAUUUACAAUCCAGCGUUUGUGUGAGAUACUCACAGACCCUGGACGCCACUACAGACGGACCGACAAACUCCUGCGAGGCCUUGAGAAGAACAUUCUCGUUGUCUCCACCAUCGGCAGACUAUCUGAAGACUGUUCAAACCCCCAGCAGCGGCUGACGCUUUUCAAUGGCCUGCAGAUGUCCAACAGUUUCAGGCCGCACAGACCACCUCUACCUCAUCACUUGGACAAAUUCCAAAGCCCUCGUUCUUCAAAGCAACGUCGUCAUAAAGUUAAAUGUUCUCGCGAGAAGGGAAAACAUUCAAGAACGAAAACCGAAACUUCUCCUGACAUUGAAAGAGUAACUCACUUAAACAUAAUCAUUGAGAAAGCUCCUGAGGAACUAGAGCGGCCCAUGCGACCUAAGCUCAGUGCUCAUGACAUCAUUGCGUUUAGAAAUAGUCUCGAAAUGCUGGAAGAUUCGACCAAAGACGAAGAAGAUGUGGGCACCAGGAAGCGUGCACUGCACGACGAUGCGAAUUCUAUGGAGGAUGACGAGGAGGAAACAUUCGACGACGAGUGUCUUAAGCAAGACUUGGAUGACGAGCAGAUAGAAGACAUGGACGACGAGGUUAAGGGUAAGCCAGGUAGCGGCAGUGAAAGGGAGCCAGAGGGCUACGGCGUGUCCAUAAACUCAGUGAUGUGGCGAAAGCGGAAGGAGGAUCAACAAACCGAGAAUCGCUACAAGAAACUAAAGACGUCUGAUGUAGGGUCUAGAGAGUCGUCAACCAGUCCGCGUCUUAGUGCUAUUGUCAAAGCGCUUGACGAGGUGACUUGCGAGUCAUCUGCUGACGACAGCAUGGAAGUGGAUGAGGAGGCGAGAUCGUCGUGUGCUGGGACUGAGGACGCUCCUGAACAACGAGACGAAGAGACUUCUGACGAGUCUAAAGAUGACGAACAAAACUCAUGUGAUGCCACAGAGUCUAAAGAUGAUGUUAAGCUUCCUCAGAGUCCUUGCAAAAUGCCUGAUGACGAAAAACUUUCGAAGAGUCCAACUAAAGAAGAAAAAGAUGAAGCACAAAGUUCAAAGAAGCACGUGGAAGGUAAAGACGAAUGUCUAAAAAGCCUUGACAAUGACGUACAGCAAGACAAAGACCUCACAAAGAGAACAACCAAGAGAAUCCGCGAUGACAAGGAGCUCUCUAAAAUUUCAAGUAAAGAGCAAGAAGACAAAGAGUCUAGUAAAACCCCUUGCAAAGAUGCUCAGGUUAAAGAAUUGGAGCAUCCAAAGAGCAAAAUCAAUGUAAAAGAUGAUGUCAAAAUAAGUGUCCCGACUGCAGCGUGUGCUCAACAACUACCAAAGCGCACUGAGAGCAAGUCUUCAGCAGCUACGUCUGAUAAGCCUUCCGACACUAAAGCUGAUCAGGACAAUGAGAAGGCGUCUUUGAAGGACUUGACAGAUGAAACCAAAUUGUUCUCUGGCGAAUGCGAUCCCGCUGACGUCGGGGAUGAUGCUGCUGACGUCGACGACGAUGAUGCUGCCGCUGACGCCGGGGAUGAUACCACUGACGCCAGGGAUGAUACCACUGACGCCGGGGAUGAUACCACUGACGUCGAGAAUGAUGCCACUGACGCCGCGGAUGAUACCACUGAUGCCAGGGAUGAAAUCUCUGACGCCAGGGAUGAUGCUACUGCCGCAGAGGACGAUACCGCUGACGUUGGCACCGUUGAUGGAGCCUUAGCUGACCCAGUUGCUUCUGGAGACUCGCCUGGAAACCAGGAGGCUUUGGAGGAAAAAAAUUAAUUAAGUAUUACCUCUAGUAUUUCCUUGACUACGACUGUCUGUAGUUUGAUUUAAUUUUUAGAUCGAUUGAAACGAGGCUUCUAACCAACUAAAAAAAGUGGAGUAGUAAUAUAACGAUACGAGAAUAUCUAUGAAAACGGCCUAGUUUGAAUUAAAUUCUUAUCGAUGAAGCUGGCACAAAGCCCGUGUUAUUGUUAAACGCUGGCGCUUUUCAUCUUUGAAAUUUAUUGAAUCGACUACAGCGUUUUAUGUCCUUGGGUUGGAAUUUUUUAAUUUUUAUGUUCUGACUUGUGGGUCAGAGUAGUCGAGGCUAAAGCCUUUGAUAAGUUAUCUCAUUUUUUUAAGGUAAAGUUUACACUUGCCUUUGUAGUGUAGUUGAAUGAUGUACCUGGUAGUCGCCUUUCAUCACUAAACGAGUUUGUGAUUCCUAUAUUUUAUUUUGCCUGUAUACGGGGAGACCAGAAUAUAGAUUUUUAGCAUCUACGGAAUUAUUCAAUUAUUGGACUUGGGACAAAAUUUUAUUCACUUUUGAAGUAGUCACCAUAAAGAUGGGUAUUUUU